UAAAGCGAAGGAAGCCAAGCCCUACGCCGGCUUUUCUCUGCCGUUCCUUUCCUUGCCUUUCCUUCAAGCCGAAGCUCGAGCUCGUUGCCCGCCGGCCUAGCAGCGCGUUCGCCAUGGCCCUCAGCGAUGCUGACGUGCAGAAGCAGAUAAAGCACAUGAUGGCUUUCAUUGAACAAGAAGCCAAUGAGAAGGCAGAAGAAAUAGAUGCAAAGGCAGAAGAAGAGUUCAACAUUGAGAAAGGCCGCCUGGUGCAAACCCAGAGACUGAAGAUCAUGGAGUACUAUGAGAAGAAGGAGAAGCAGAUUGAGCAGCAGAAGAAAAUCCAAAUGUCCAAUUUGAUGAAUCAAGCACGACUAAAGGUUCUCAGAGCGAGAGAUGACCUGAUCAUGGGCCUGCUCAGUGAAGCCAAGCAGAGACUCAGCAAGGUGGUGAAAGAUACGACCAGGUACCAAGUGCUGCUGGACGGACUGGUCCUCCAGGGUUUGUACCAGCUGCUGGAGCCCCGGAUGAUUGUUCGCUGCAGGAAACAGGACUUCCCUCUGGUGAAGGCUGCGGUGCAAAAAGCAAUCCCAAUGUACAAAAUUGCCACCAAAAAAGAUGUGGAUGUCCAAAUUGAUCAGGAGACCUACCUGCCUGAGGACAUAGCUGGUGGCGUUGAGAUCUGUAACGGGGACCGGAAGAUAAAGGUCUCCAACACCCUCGAGAGCCGGCUGGACCUCAUCGCCCAGCAGAUGAUGCCCGAGGUCCGGGGAGCCUUGUUUGGUGCUAAUGCCAACAGGAAGUUUUUGGACUAAGCUUUUGAAGGUGGAAUUCAGUCCUCCAGGGAUACCAUCUGGAAGUUUCCAUUAUUUGAAGAACCAAGAUUAUCUGUGUAACCUCUCUGCUGUUCUACUGUUCUGUAUCAAUGGGAUACCCUACUGUAGCUAAUGCCCUUGGCCUGAUUGUUCCCAAUAGGUGUAAGUCUCACUUAAGACGGCGGGGAACCAGUCCAUCCAGAAGCCACUCGCUUUCCCUUGGUUCCGCAGCCGAAGGGUGGGGUCAGAUGACAGCUGCGUGACUCCACCGGGCCCUCUGCUCCCUCCAGAUCCCCGUCUCCUGUGGAGGGGUGGUGUGCAGGGUUCUCUGCUUGCAGGUCUGUGUACUUUCAGGUUAAAACGCAUGUGAGGCAUGCAUUCCUUCACCUAUAGCAGCUUCACCGUGUGACCUAGUUGGGCCUAGAUGUUGUCCCCAUUUGUAAAUGUGACUUAAAAGCUAAACCAUGAAUAUGCUUUAUUUAUUAAAAGGUUUAUGUGGAAUUUA